AGCAGCUCUGUUCACCUGGUAGGUAGCUUUGAAAGUGAAACUAAAGUGUUUCAGGCGCCAUUUUGAGUCAGGACAGCAGCAGGGCGGCAGCAGUGUGAGACAGGACUGACUUCAGAGCAGAAGAUGAGUGUCUGUGUGAAGGAGGAGGAGAAAGAGGAGGACAGAGCAGAACUUCCAGUAUCCAGCUGUCUGUCUCUGAGGAGUGACCGGUCCAACGAGGCUCCUAUAAACUUCAGUACUGAACCAGGACCAUCAGACUCAAAUGUUCAGUCCCGCAGACAAAGAGCAGAACCUCCAGUAUCCAGCUGUCUGUCUCUGAGGAGUGAUCGGUCCAACGAGGCUCCUAUAAACUUCAGUACUGAACCUGGACCCUCAGACACAAAUGUUCAGUCCCGCAGACAAAGAGCAGAACCUCCAGUAUCCAGCUGUCUGUCUCUGAAGAGUGAUCGGUCCAACGAGGCUCCUAUAAACUUCCGUACUGAACCAGGACCCUCAGACACAAAAGAGAAGAAGACAAGUCAUGUUUCUGUGGAGGAGCAGUCCACCUGCUGUGCUUUGUGUCAGGACGUCCUGAAGGAUCCAGUCUCUACCAGCUGUGGACACUGGUUCUGCAGACGCUGCAUCACCUCAUACUGGGACCAGUCUGCUUCACCAGGACACUCCUUCUGUCCCCAAUGUGGAGAAACAUCCAGAACAAGAGCUGGACUGCAGACAGUCGGUCUGACCAGCACUGUACAGAUGGAUGUUGGUCUUCAGGAGGUUUUAGAUGAACAUAAGAUCAGUCUGAGGAGGAGAUGUGAACGUGUGACUGAAGGAAGUGAUGAAACAGGAAGUGAUGAAACAGGAAGUGGAACCCUCCUCAACAGGAUCUACACUGAGCUCUACAUCACAGAGGGACAGAGUGAAGAGGUUAAUACCCAACAUGAGGUGAGACAGCUUGAGACAGCUUCCAAGAAGAAGACCCUCCAUGACACUCCAAUCAGGUGCUGCGACAUCUUUAAAGCCUCACCUGACCAACAGAGACACAUCAGAGUGGUUCUGACCAACGGCGUCGCUGGCAUUGGAAAAACCUUCUCAGUGCUGAAGUUCACUCUGGACUGGGCAGAGGGCUCCGAAAACCAAGAUGUCAGUCUGCUGGUUCUGCUGUCGUUCAGGGAGCUGAACCUGAUCAGAGAUGAGCAGUACAGUCUUCUCAGGCUGCUCCAUGUUUUCCAUCCAACAUUACAGAAGGUGACAGCAGAGAAGCUCGCUGACUGUAAACUUCUCUUCAUCUUUGACGGCCUGGAUGAAAGCAGACUUUCACUGGAUUUCAACAACCAUGAGGUCGUGUCUGAUGUCACACAGGAGUCAUCAGUCAGCGUGCUGCUGACAAACCUCAUCCAGGGGAAGCUGCUUCCCUCGGCUCUCGUCUGGAUCACUUCCCGACCUGCAGCAGCCAAUCAGAUCCCUCCUUCAUGUUUUGAUAGGAUAACAGAAGUACAAGGCUUCACUGACGUCCAGAAGGAGGAGUACUUCAGGAGGAGGUUCAGUGAUGAAGAUCUGUCCAGCAGAAUCAUCUCACACAUCAAGACCUCCAGGAGCCUCCACAUCAUGUGUCUGAUCCCAGUCUUCUGCUGGAUCACUGCUACAGUUCUGGACCACAUGUUGACUACAGACCAGAGAGGAGAGCUGCCCAAGACCCUGACUGACAUGUACUCACACUUCCUGCUGGUUCAGACAAAGAGGAAGAAGCAGAAGUACGAUGAGGGACGUGAGACGAGUCCACAGGAGCUGACGGAGGCUGACAGGGAAGUUCUUCUGAAGCUGGGGAGGCUGGCGUUUGAACAUCUGGAGACAGGAAACAUCAUGUUCUACCAAGAAGACCUGGAGCGCUGUGGUCUUAAUGUCGCAGAGGCCUCGGUGUACUCAGGAGUUUGUACAGAGAUCUUCAGAAGAGAGAGUGUGAUCUUCCAGAAAGCAGUCUACUGCUUUGUUCAUCUGAGUGUUCAGGAGUUUCUGGCUGCAGUCUACAUGUUCCACUGUUACACCAACAGGAACACAAAGGUCCUGCAGGACUUCCUAAAAGACCUCACACUCAGGGACUCAAACCCAAAGGCGGAUUUUGGGAAGAUUUCUGCGCUUUUUGGUGGAGGCGUUGAUGGUCAUGAGGCACGUUACCCAUCCCUGGAUGACUUCCUGUGGAGAGCCAUGCAGAAAUCCCUGAACAGUAAAAAUGGCCACCUGGACCUGUUUGUUCGCUUCCUUCAUGGCCUCUCUCUGGAGUCCAACCAGAGACUCUUCGGAGGUCUGCUGGGUCAGACAGACAACAGGCCAGAAAUCAUCCAGAGAGCCAUCAACAACCUGAAGGAGAUGAACAGUGAUGAUGUCUCUCCUGACAGAAGCAUCAACAUCUUCCACUGUCUGACGGAGAUGAACGACCACUCAGUCCAUCAGGAGAUCCAAGAGUUCCUGAAGUCAGAGAACAGAUCAGAGAAGAAACUCUCUGAGAUCCACUGCUCAGCUCUGGCCUACAUGCUGCAGGUGUCAGAGGAGGUUCUGGAUGAGCUGGACCUGAACAAGUAUAAAGCAUCACAGGAGGGACGACUGAGACUGAUCCCUGCUGUGAGGAACUGCAGAAAGGCUCGAUUUUCUGGCUGUCGUCUCUCUGACUCUCAUUAUGAAGUUUUGGUCUCAGCUCUGAAGUCCAACCCCUCCCAUCUGAGACAUCUGCAGCUGGACUCCAACAAGCUGCAGUAUUCAGCAGUGGAGCUGCUGUGUGUUGGACUCAUGAGUCCACACUGUAGACUGGAGACUCUGAGAUUGAAUUUCUGCAGUUUAUCAGCGAUCAGCUGUGCUUCUCUGGCCUUAGCUCUGAGGUCCAACCCCUCUCACCUGAGAGAGCUGGACCUGAGUAGAAACGAGCUGCAGGAUUCAGGAGUGAAGCUUCUCUCAGCUGUACUGGAGAGUCCAAACUGUCGACUGGAGACUCUGAGAUUGCAGGGCUGUAGUUUGUCAGAGAUCAGCUGUGCCUCUCUGGCCUCAGCUCUGAGGUCCAACCCCUCCCACCUGAGAGAGCUGGACCUGAGUGACAACAAGUUGAAGGAUUCAGGAGUGAAGCUGCUGUCUGAUCUUGUGGAGAGUCCAAACUGUAGGCUGGAGACUCUGAGAUGGAAGUGAUCUCUCUAAGGAUGGUGAUAUGGAGAGGAAAACUGCUGUUUGCAGACCAUCUUUCCACCUGCAUCCAGCUGCCUGCCGGCGCAUCUGAUUGGUCAAAUGCUGUCUGCUGUCAAUCAUUGCAGCAAAGUGUGCAUGUCAGAUUACUUAACUCUUUUUCUUCCCUCUUCUGCCUCGGGCUGACUUGGUGCUCUACGCGCGCCUCACAGCAGCGAUGCGCAUCGUUUGCGCAUUCACAGAGAAUGCGUCCCCUUGCGCAAAAUGGGGCCUCCCCAUGGAUCGCAGGCCCUACGCACAGUGCGUGUUCUGCGUGUAGGGAGGGGCGGCACUGGGAUCAGCUGUGUCCUGAUUAUCCAGAGAGGUUGAAGCAGCAGAAUCGACUGAUGAGUCUCAGUGCUGUGUUCUGAACUGCUCUAAAAUCCGCUUCAGUGUCAAGUCCACAAUCAUCCAUUUAUCUGUAGACACAAUUAAGUAAAAAGUGGUAAGUGUGGAAAUUAAAUGUGCAGUGGUAGAAACUGUGGCAAAGAACCAAAUCAUAUUUAGCUUGGUGGGAGUCACAAGGCAGAUGAAAGAUGGAAAUCAAGUAAAUGUGUGUUUUUGGACUGAUGCGAUGCGAGACCAGUGGGCUCACCGAGCCGCAGCAACCCACAUGAAGGCCGGUUGGGUCAACGACCCAAAACAGGCCCAACAACUCUGAAACUCAGAGUGCAAGUGUCCUUAACAACUCUGUGAAUACACUCCCAAACAGAGUUAGUCCAAUUAGUCAGAACUAUCUUGACCCUCUGUGGUUGACAGACACGCCAACGCGUCCAAAAAAGCAGCAGUUUUUAAAUUGUGUUGACAGGCCAAGUCAAACUGGACCGAGCCAAAAAAUGCUUUUCUGUUAAUAUUGUUGUCACGUUUGGUGCUGGAAGAAAAAAAAAGUAAAACCAGAAUUAUGAUCAAUAUUGUCCGCCACAUUUUUUCGCUAACGUUGCCAUCAUGUUUGCUGCGUGUUUGGUGCAGGACGAAUCGAUAGAAACAGGCUCCUCUCGCCAAAGUGUCCGCAAACAGGAAGUGUUUGCAAGCAAAAAAAAAACACAUUCCUGUUGCUGGAAAAAGGCAUCACACCAACCUUUCUCCUACUCGGAUUUUAUGAUUUUUUGUGAUUUUAGGUCCAUUGUGUUAAUAUAGUGUGUAAAAAUGAAAAAAAACAACAACAACUGUAUAUUCACACGUGAGGUUGUGCUGAAAAUAAUGACACCAAACAAGGCAAGGUAAAUAUUUUUUAAGGUGAAAUAUAAUGGUAAAAUCAAAAAUAGUCAAAAAUGGCCAAUUAUACCCUGGACUCCUAAGGGUUGAAUGUAAAUAGCAUAUAACAUAACUAUAAUUCAUAACUAAAUUUCAAAAAUGUAUGUACACAUUUAGCAAACAAUUUAUAUUCACAUUCAAAGUUACAAAAAUGCCUUGUAAAAUACGUUUGUGGUUUUCACAGUAAUAAAAAAUUCUAACUUUAUCCUAAACAGAUUGUAUGUUUUUUGUGUGAUUUUAGGUCCAAUGUGCUAAUACAGUAUGUUAAAAUGAAAAUAUAAAUAACAAGAGAGGUGCUGAAAAAAAAUGUCACCAAACAAGGCAAGGCAAAUAGUUUUUAUGGUGAAAUAUAAAGGGAAAAUCCAAAGUAUUAAAGAAUGGCCAGUUAUACCCUGGACCUCAGAGGGUUAACUGAAAGAGAAUUAGUGUGGCUACAUUUGGACCGAAUUAGACCAAAGUGGUUUCGGCUGUGGAGGACUGAAGUGUCUCUAUGACAUUUAAAGAAACUGAAGCAUCCAGUUGCCUACAAUACAGCACAUUGUAUGCUUGAAGAAUGAAUUCAGGCUUUUUGCAAGCAGUUAUUAUGAUGUUAUUUCAGCGUCCUUCUGAUCCAUUAUUGCAGUCAUAUCACUGAGAAAUGUCUUUGUUUUGGGUUCAUACUGAUGUGGUGGACGGAUUAAUUCUCUGCAUCUACUUGCUGGUCACAGUAACCAUUUAUUGAUUUUAAAACACCUAUUAAGAAACUGCCACUCAGAGGAGACAGAUGGCGUUCUGCCAACUAGGCACCACUCAGGUAGUGCAAGAAGUCAUACAAAGAAGUUGCGAGAGUAACUGCGUAACCUGCAUGAUGAUACUGGCCUUCAAGUAAGGACACUUCGCUCUUCUACAUCAGCGGGCCAGCUGGGACUGCCAUCGCUGAGAGCAAACAAAUGUCACUGAGUGAAGUCAUGACUCUUCUCUGUUCUGGAGCCUCAUUGGUGGAAUGAACUCCCGACCAAAGUCAGGACUGCAGAGUCACUCUCUGUCUUCAGCAGAAGACUCAAGACUCAUUCGUUCAGACUUCACCUCGACCUUGCACGCACUUCUAUGUUUGUAUCGUCAGCACAUCUAUCGUAUGUUCUAUAGCACGUAUGCACUUAAAGAACCUUUGACAAAUAGCAGUUAGAUCCUCAGAUGAGGGGUUGAGAAUUUUUUCUAUAUUUCUUUUUACUCUAUUGAUGGUGAUGUCGGGGUUUCUCUCUUGUGACAAAUGUACUUAUUGUUGGUCACUCUGGACAAAAGCAUCUGCUAAAUGCCCUAAAUGUAAGUGUAGAUGUAAAUGUAUAUGUAAACUUAAAAUGACACACGACUGUCCCUCAAAUGCCAUUGGAGAUAUGAUAAUCUUCAAGUUUUACAGGCAGCAACUCUGCCUGUUCAAAAUCUGCAGCAUUGCCUCCAUUCCCUGGAGGCGAUCAGACACAGAAUCCCCGACCAACUGCUGCAUAAAGUCCCAUUAAAGUGAGAGGAAAAAUAUCUGGAGACUGGCAAACACAUCCACUUUUCUGAACUGUGCCACAAGACACAUUUUUGACCACACAUGCAGAAAAAAUUCACAAAUUGCUCACAAGACUCAUAGUUUCUACCGUAUCAUUAUUUGAGUGAUAGCAGUUACUGUUUUUGAGGGAGACGCAUGAUAAUGUGAGGUGAGCUGCCGCUAAAAUCACAAAAUCAACUCUGCUAUAGAGAACAAUUGGGCCAACGCACAGAGUUUAAUACACACAGUGACACACACACACACACAAACCACAUGAUUUACUUUUUGUUUUGUACCUACUAAAUUGAUCAUACGUGAUUUGUGAUCAGAAAGGUGAUCAACAUCAUGUGAGGAUUCUGAAACAAACUGUAGAAAAUAGAGAGAAAGUCGCUCCAAUUAAACAUCUUCACAUCAGGAUUGAAACCACCAAACAUCUUUGACUUGAAGAAUGAUCACAGAUAAAUUAAGUACUUUUAUGUCUUGAUUGUUUAUCUAGAUGAUCACCUGCAGCAUCUUUAUGAUCUCCAGUGUGCCUCCCCAGAUUUGUUUUUAAGAGUGUCUGUCGUGAUACAAAGAUGUGUCAUCUUUGCCUGGUGUGUUAAUAUGGCUAUAUAAUUUACAGGCUAUGAACAAAAAAAAACAGUUGUUCACCAUCACCUGAAGUGAACAACUCAACAAUGUCUGCUAUAAACUUGUUAAAGAGGAUGGUGACACCUGCUGGUUGUUUGGAGGCAGGACAAAAAUAACACUGAUCACCACAUUGAGCUUUCCUGAACUUCCACCUGAAUGAGUCUCUUGUAAAAAUAUCAAGUCAGCAUUUUUUUUUCUUUUUGUCUACGAACAUACAUGUUCAUCAUGUCAGGUCAUUCAUAUGUGUAACUAUAUGUGAUUUAUGACAUUUUGCCCCGACUGCAUUGUAAGAUGAAUCUUGCAUGACAAAUAUAUAAAGUCUAAAAUGUC